GAGCCAUUUCUGAAAAAGGUCGCUCCUGUUACGUAGCUACCUGGCCAUCUCGAGUUCUGGACCAGGCCGACCACCGGCGUGCUGUGCUGCUCAUGUGCUACGCCGUCGCCGUGGUGGCGGACCCCGGGGAGCAGCAGCACCCGCGGCUUUUCGCCGCCGACAGCCACGGCGGAGGAGACCAGCUGCCGCCGGAGGCCGUGGCGGCAACGAUGCCGUCGCCGGCGCUGUCGCGGGGCAGGCAGGCGCAGGAGAUGUCGGCGAUGGUGUCGGCGCUGGCCAGGGUGGUCGCCGGCUCGGCGCCGCCGGCCAAGAGGCCCGCCGUGGAUGAGGCGUGGCGGCCGUACGAGGAGCUGGGCGAUGCGCCGUCCUCUGCGUUUGUGCUGGAAGGCUACGGUGCGACGCAGCCGCCGGAGCAGUGCUGGCCUCCGGCUGCAACGGCGACCUCCUCGCAGCACCGUGCCACCGCCAGAGCUGACGAGGAGCUGCCUUCACCGUCGUCGGCCGUCUCCGGCUCUGGUGUCGGAGGCGCUGGGGAGGGCAACGCGCCGCGGAAGCGGUACCGUGGCGUGCGGCAGCGACCAUGGGGGAAGUGGGCGGCGGAGAUCCGGGACCCGCACAAGGCGGCGCGCGUGUGGCUCGGCACCUUCGACACCGCCGAGGGCGCCGCGCGCGCCUACGACGGCGCCGCACUCCGCUUCCGCGGCAGCCGCGCCAAGCUCAACUUCCCCGAGUCCGCCACCCUCCCAUCCUCGCCGCCGCCUCAGCAGCCCCCAGAUCCACCAUCACACACAUCACCGCAGCCAGCACCGUCGCUGCCGGAGGCCCUUCUGGAGUCGCAGGCGCUCCCCGGCGGAGAGUCCUACCUGGAGUACGCCAGGUUCUUGCACAGCACCGGCGAUCCCGGUGGCCCGUCAGCGACGCUAAUGCCGUCGCCUUCCCCUGCAGCGUACAGCUCCAGAGCAGAGGUUCAUACCACGAGCAACCUCUUGCCGUCGGAGAGCAGCGCUGGAGCAGGCGGCCACCCGGCCGCGUGGGAGAGCUACUACGGCUCGUACCCGCCGUGGCGGUGGGACCAGUCAGGUUGACCGACGUCAACAAAAGAGACCCCGCUCUCUCUUACAGGUUUGGCUCCGUUGUGGGGCUGGUGUGGGGCCCACCCUGAGGAAUGCUUGUGUGGGAGGCUGAUCGGUCAGCGGUCAAGGGGAUGGCAAAGAAAGCCACGUGGCCCACGCUCUCAUUGACAGGUUGACCCUCGUUCGACAGGGCCCAACUCGAAUGAUGCUGACGUGGAACGCCCCGUCAGCUACCGCUCAUGCCCUGUGGGCGGGCCGGCGGGUGGUCAACCGGUUCAGACGGCACCGGAUCGCAUGGGCGGUCACAAAAGAUCUGUUGGAAUCAACAGUCGAGGUAGACCUCAAAAGACCUGAGGAAUCCACAUGUCGAAUGAUGAAGAGUCCGUCGAGUUUGUAUCGACCACAAACUAGAAUUUUUCAUUUUUAUAGAAAUUUAUUCUUUUUUUCUGAAAUUCUCCGUUCAAAUGAUCCUUAUAACUAACACGUGAAAUUCUCAGUUCAUGCCAUCUGGGUUUAUUGUUUUAUCAA